CCAUUUCCACGAGCCCAUUUUCUUGCCUUAACGGUGCAAGUUGGCAACGUUGCUAAUGGGGCGUAUUCUAGAGCUCGAAGUCGAAGAAGGAGAUGUGUUGGAUUAUUGUGGCUCUUGUAUGUUUAUUAGGUUUUAGAUGACUUUGAUUUGGAAUUAAAUGUGUGGAUUGGUACAGAAUGUGAUUCACAAUGUGUACAACUUACCUUCAUAAUGAUUACUUAAAAUGAUAUCAUUUAGAAGUGGUUGGUUUUUGGAUGCUAGUUGGAUCGUGAGCGAGAAAAAGCCACGACCCGAUCGCCAUUUAAAAUUGAGACAUACGUGGGUGGCUUUGAUACGGUCUGGCUGUUGCAUCAUGGCAGACUUAUUGUUCUGUCCAAAGGUAGUUGUUUUUCUUUUAUCAGUUCUAUUUACUGUAUUGUUUGUUUGGUUUUUCUAGUUUUGUUUGCUAGCUGUUAUUCGACAAUUCUAGCCCGACUUCUGUUUCCUACCUCUCAUUUUCCAUGUCACCCACUCACUUUAUCCACCGUUUUCUGUUUUCUCGUUGCGUUUCGACUACGAGCUGAGCUUUUCCAAUUGCUGCGCAUUUUGGUUUACUGUUUGGGUUAUUGGGAUUCGUUGCUGGAAGAAAAAGUCGCUCAGAUAAAAAACACAGAACAAAACCAUCUUGUUAGCACUUGUAGUGGAAAGCAAAGAAUUCCCGCGUGAAAUUCUGAUCAUUUAAAUGCUAUUUUGUGUUCUAUGAAUAAUCUGUGUUCUUUGGAAAUACAGAUACUCUUACAUGAUUAUAUUUUCCAAUCGAAAUGAUUGAACAGCGUUUCCAUCCAGCCAUCACAUCACAUGUCGUCGAAUAAAGAAAGGUGUGGCACCAACCAAAGAAAUUUGAGUCGCCACAAAGAGGCAUUGAACCAAGACGUCUCGUUUGAACGGACGUCAAGUGUUUCUGGAGGCAUGUCCCUGUUUGCGUGCUCGCAUCAUACGGAUCCGUGCCAUAACCCACAGCCGCUUCAGAGAAAUCCAUUGGACGUUAUCCAUGUCGCUGAACAGCCAGUGGCAAACACUAUAGGGAUCAUCAUCUUGCAACAUUACUAUAUGAAACAGGUCACUCGAAAACGCAUGCAACAUUCCAUGUUUCGCUCACGACUGGGGCAAAGGGGGAAAAAAGAAAAAGAAAUUUGUCACGUGCCACGCCAGUACCUUCCGGUUGUAAGAUGGUCAAGGGUAAAUCAUGUGGAGACAGGGGCUGACCCUUGUGACGGACGCCACGAAGGCCACGAAGGACGGAGGAAUGACAUAAUAAAAAAAAAAACAGUCAGAAGGCCGAACCUUUCCCGUAACUAGUGCCAUCUGGAGUUGAGGGGCAGCUGCUUUGGUUGAAGUGUCGCCUUUAACAACUCGACGUCCAUAAAGGAAAUUCGUCCAAAAGCCUCAUCUGCUAAUUGGCUACCAACAAGGUCGAGAUUGGUGAGUGGUCGAUGGCCAUUUCCAGAAAGCGCCAACUUCAUAUCUGGUGAGUGAAAAUGCCAACGUGGAGGAGGAGAUGGAUGCCACAAAGGGAACAUUCACGGAUCCUGUUGAUGGAACAUUUCCGUUCUCGGGAUCUGCCGCUUAUCCUCCAGUCUGCAAACCCGAGAUCGUAUGAUUUCGUUCAGUGUCGUUGCAACAAGUUCGUACGUUGCAACUGGAAGCGACGUCUGAAAAGCAACGGGUGAAAACUGGUUGAUACAUCUCACGAAUUGUCUUGCUAUCGUUUUCGUUUGCCAAAUCGGGAAAUUCUCUAGAAGAAGAAGAAAAAAUGAAAUUGGCAACGUCAUCGUUAACCCUUCCCCCCCUUCUUUAACUCGGUCGCCAUGAUGGAAUUUGCUCAUUCUAUAAAACGUUAUGGCACAAACAGAACACAAUAAUUGAAUCGUCGUAAUGUUGUGAUUAUAAACACCAAGCACCCGUCGUUAUGUUUCCCGGAUAGUUUUAUCACUUUAAAAAGAAACGUGGUUUGUGAGCGCCCGUCUCUUCCGUGUAUCUGUUGCCAUCCACGCUGCUGCCCGUUUUGGUUGGGUGCAAUCGAGUGAAAUUCGACCUAUUGAACAACUGGGCAUUGUACAAGUUUAACGACCGUAAUAUUUCCGUUCACAGAAAUUUACUACAGAAAUGCCGGUUACUUCAAUAACUAUAUCGAGAUCAACGUGCUGAAUGUGGAGACCAAAUAACUCCACGUCGGGGAGAAUUUUUUUUUGUCCAUCCCGAGUUCCAGAAACCCGUCGCCCGAAGUUGCAGUUAUGAAGGCCGAUUACUCAACAGCAAAGUCCAACGUCAAUUGCAUUGCUGAAAAAUCAAGGCCUUUACCGUUCAUGUGUUCCUUUUCUUCCCCACUACGGUUAUACGUUUUAGUCACGCAGCCGAAUCGAGUUUUUAUGGGUUAUCAGUAUGUGCGAUUUUCUUAGGUACCGGUUGGUAUAGUGGGUUCAUAUCCGGAUUGAACCGCCGUCCUUUUAGAUCAACAUAUUGACAUUAAAGAAGAAAGAAAGAGUGGAUUUCGUUGUGAUGGAGGUGAGCUGGUAGUGACUAAGAAAAAUUACAUCAGAAAUCGCUGAACAAGAGCAAAAUUUGCCACUACCUUACGUUGUACCAGACACAUUGUUUUGGCACUGGAAUUUUGUGCCCAUUCCCCGUGCAAUGUGUGGUCAUAUUUGACCCUUGCGGAAAUGCAGCACUGUCUUCCGUCCCAGCGCAGUGGGAGACAACCAUUUGAAUACAAGUCGAAUCGAGUUUUCAUGGUUAUCAGCAUGUGCGAUUAUCGUACUUACCGUAGGUUCGUAUCCGGAUAUGUCGUAGUCCUUCUAGCUCGGCAUAUUGACAUUUCAGAUGAAAUAAGAAAGAAGGAGUGGAUUGUUUUGUGGUGGAGGUGAGCUGACUUUUCCAUUACGCAUCGACAAGGUGGAGAGUAACGUCGCAUUACACGAGAUGGAAAGAACUGAGUCACAAAUGGCUGUUUUGGCACUGGAAUUUCGUGCUCAUUUCCUGAGCAGUGUUUGGGUCAUUAACCCUUAAUGGGCAAUGUUUGGACUACUUGUAUACUUAACGACAACAAAGGUGAAUUUUGCCAAUAAAUCCUGAAACUCUGUGAUAGUGAAUGCGUCAAUGGCUGUUACUAUUCAAUGGUGUUUCAUUCAUCAUGUGGUAACAAGCAUUUACUGCCCGGGAUGAAGCGUGCCGAACCUAUUUUUGGAGUUGAAAGGUAUACCCAAUACAAAGACAUACCCAAUAGGAAACAAGGCCAGGGUUUCAAACAGACUGUUAACGACAAAGUCGUCAUCAGUAAAGGCGAUUUAACGGAAGAAGAAUUCGUGGAGAGCGUUGCUUCCUGACCCAACUAAACGUUUCUCGUUCAACAAUCACUGUCCACAAAAAAAAAAAGAACACAAUAAAUCAGUCAUCUGAUUAUUAUGUUCGUCAGUGGCAAAUUGCUGGUAUGCAAUGAUAAUUUUUAUUUCACAAUGGCGGCAUUAAAAUGUCAUUUGUUUCUUUGAUGUUGAUAUUGAGUCAGAAUAAACAGAUAUUCCUAUAGUAAUUUGUUUCAGACAACAGAUAGUCGUGAACAUCCAGUUCUAAACAUUCAAUCGAAUUCGCUGUUUUACGUUAUAAAAUACGAUUAAUUGACGGCCAUUUAGAAGAGAAAGGUUGGGAAUAGCAGGGUUGCUAAGCGACGGCGAUGUUGUUAUUUUCGUCUGAAAGUCAGUCCAACUGAGAAGCACGUGCGAAAACUCUUGGAUCUUGGCAAUGUUUAAGACGAUCCAAAUCUUGUCGUUGAUCUAAUCAUCAAGCGUAAAUUCCUAGCCUGAAGAAGAUGGAAAUUGAAAAGGAUGUAGUCUACAAACAGCUUGAGAGUGAAGACAAAUCGACAAGACGAGCAGCUUUGCUUGAUCUCAAGAAACGAGCAGAAAAACGACAACUAGACGAACAUUUGCUGUCUGAUCUGUUUGAUCCACUUAUUAAAAUUGUGUUCAGUGAUAAAGUUGAAAAUUUGAGAGAAUCUGCCUCCAUAAUUUUACUUGCGCUCACUACCCAUGGUAGCAUUAGUACAGCACAAUUUCAGGCCAUAGUAAACUUUUCAGUUGAUCGUUUUGAGGCAGAGCCCUCUGAAGAAGUUCGCUUGACAUUGGCCAGAGUCAAUCACGCAGCCAUACUCAACCAAAAUGUGCAACCAGUCUACCUUGAAAACUUGGAUAAGUUGACACAGUUGGUAAAACUGGCAGUCAGGGAUCGCUAUGGAGAAGUUGUCAAAGAAGCCUGUGAAAUCAUCACAGCCUUGUCUGAAAGAAAUGAGUAUUUUAGAUUGCAAGCUGAUUUUUUUGUUGAACCUCUGAUGCAACAUGUCAAAAGUCAGCCGAUGAAAGUACGAGUAAAGUGUGUCAAAGCUCUUGAGCCUGUGAUGAUUUAUUCACCCCUGACUAUUCCAAAUAUUGCACCUCAACUUGAAAUAUUCUGGUCUGAGAGCAGCCCGAUGGUCAAACUUGCUAUGGUUCUCACUAUUGGCAAAGUUUCACUUAAAAUUGAACCAGACGAUCAAAAUUUCCACCUGUUGUUUCCUUUAAUUCUGCUGGGGAGAUGCAACGAAUUUAACGAAGUCAGCGACGAAGCUGAAAGGAUCUGGAAGGUGCUAACAGAUGAACCAGGAUUUCAUCGUCGAUUUGCGAAAUCUUUCAGCAAACUGGUUCCUAAAUUACUUGCAGACACCGAAAAUUGGAAUAACGAUCUCAGAAUUCAGUCAGCUCAACUCAUUUACCAAUUCGUACGUGAAAUACCAGACAGGAAAUUAGAACUAUCUACGGUUAUGGAAAUCCUAAUAUUUCAGUCGGGCGAUGACCAAGCGCCUGUUCACAAUUGGGCAUGCAAAGCAGCUCGUCUCAUUGGUGAAACUUGCGCAUUGGAAGCUCUUACGUGGCUUUCCGACCAAAAACAGGAAGAUCCUGAAGCCACUAACGCAUCGGGCUUAACUAUUUACAGUCAUAUUGUUCAUGGUUUCCUCAAUGCAGUACAGUCCCAUUAUCCUGCGCGUACUUUAGAGCUUUGCGUUCAAUUGGCCGUCAGAUUUAGCUCUUUAAAGGAAAUUUCCUUACUCGAAUGCCUGGAAACAUUGGUUGAAAAAGACAUGGGAAUCCCGGUUGAUUUGAUGAAUCAACUACUGUUCGUCACCUUGUCCCUUGAAGGCUCCGACCAAUCAGAUUUUCUUUCAAGGAAAUUGAGUUUGCUGCAGCCAAUGGCUUCCCGCCUUGGUUUAUCGAAUAUUGACACAAUGAUCCAGCAGCGUUUACCUUCGCUGCUGACGUCGGAAUCCGAUCCAGCGCAGUGGACGAUAACGUCCCCGCCGUGGAAGAUUUUGCAAUUCGUGGCCAGAGAUAUGAAAAUGAUUGACAAUUUCGUUUUUGAUUUACUCUGCCAAACUAUCGCGGCUACACAAUGUCCCGAAAUCAAACUCAAGAGCUUUAACAUGUUGACCGGUUCUAUGAGUCAUAUUCAGUGCACCGAUCCAGCACAGCUCCAAGCCAUGUUACUGGCCAAUGUCAAAUGGAAACCCGGUCGUUCUGCUUCAGUUUUACGGUCCUCUGCCGCAUUAUGCGCGUAUGCAGCUGUCCAACACCGCAAACUGGAAAUCAUUCCAUCAAACGUCGACGCUAUAGCCAACUCCUUUGCGGAUUUGGUGGAAGACGAAGCCGUCAAUACUCGACUCGCAGCCAUCAGAAUAAUUCAACGUUGCUUACUCGCUGGAAGACCAGCCAAUUUGGACUCUUUACUGACAACUCUGAUGGGUCGCUUUAAUGACAUCUCCAAAGAUGUUCGUCAAGGUGCCAUGGCUGGACUGAGAGACGUGUUUAUUCAUUGGCGAGCACAAGGGGCCUCUUGUGCCAUGGAGACAAAGUUUGUCGAUCUUGUCCGCGUACUGGCACUUGAUGACGACCUGCCUUCUAAAACAUUCGCUGAUGGAAUUUUGCAAUCAAUGCUUGUCGAUUUGAGUAAAAUGGACAUAACAGGUGAAAAAGGAUCGGAAGCUGUUGAGUAAAUUCAUUCUGAAGGAGUGGAAGUUGAUGGAGACGGACUAGAUUUAAGAUCGUUAUCAUGAUUUUCUUUAUCAGCCGACCCGUUUUCUUCUUUAUUUGCCACUGGAUCUUGUACUUUCUUUUGCUUAUCAGUCACCCAUGGCGGAGGAGCUUGAUCUGGGCAUCUUCGCAGAGCAAAUUUGUAUACUUUAAAACCAGACUUGCCAACGCACAACCAAUACUUCUCCACGGAAUACAAACCUACAGAUAGGUAUGAUUUAAUGGCA